AUGAGUUCCUUACACUCCGCGACUGUUCUUGUCCCAGACUUCAUCCCUCCGAAUCACCUUGACCAUCCAUUGUCACAAGACUCUCUUGGCUACUACAACAAACCCAUGCAGCCUCCUUCAGAUUCUCCUCCUCCAGCCUCUCCUCAAAAUAAUAAUUCCACAGCUUCAUCCUUGAAAGCUCCUUCCCAAUCAUCACCAUCAGACACUUCAGUCUCUCCUCAUUCUAUUCCAUCAAAUUCAGAAUCCUAUAAUUGUCAAUGGGUCGAUUGUUCUGCCAGUUUCGCAGAUCCUGAGAUUCUGUAUAAUCAUCUCUGCAACGACCAUAUCGGCCGAAAGAGUACAAAUAAUCUAUGUCUCACGUGCAAAUGGAAGGAUUGUGGGACCUCCUGUGCAAAACGUGAUCAUAUUACGAGUCAUCUUCGAGUUCACACUCCGUUGAAGCCGCAUGUCUGUGAGAUAUGCAAGAAGUCAUUUAAGCGCCCGCAGGAUCUCAAAAAGCACGAGAAAAUCCAUACAGAGGAGCACCACGCGCAACACAAGCACUCCAAGGCUAUUACCGUAAAUGAUCCCGCUUACGCCUCCCGUGUUCGCGGAGAUGUUAUUCCAUCAAAAGGCGCUCUCAAUAGGUCGCUUUCUGGUAAGCUCCAAGGCGCAGCACCGGGCGCGUUGCCUCCCAAAGUCCCUUUCGCUCGCGCACACACACGUUCUGGUAUAGGAGCAGAUGGUGGGCACUACAGUGCCUUGCCAACUCCAUCCCCGGAGUUUGAACCUCAUCCUUCUCGUCAUGUGCCUCAUUCGUCAUAUGAGCUCUUUCUCCAUAAUCAGGUACCUUCAUGGGACGGCGCUAAAUCCGACGUACGCGCCUCAAGUCGCAACAAGAGGUCGCUUGAAUACAAUGUCGACGAUUUCUUCACUGAAAUGAAGAAGAGGAAAGUCAAUCCUGCUUACGACAACCACAUGGUGGAGCGUCUCAACAAUCUUGCAUAUGCACAAGACAGUGCACAUUAUGACGAGUUUAAUCCUCGCUCAGUGUCUUUCGACGUCCGCACACCAGAGGAGCUUGCUGCGGUGAACGAAUUUCUUGUGACCCUUGGCCGGGACGUGACUGCAAAUAAUCGUGCAUCCCAGGACCUAUCCGGACGGUUCUCGCCAACGUCGUAUUUUGAUGCUGACAGCCUCAGUCAACUUGGACUCACCGGAAUGCCUGGACUGCUGGGUCCAGGAACAGCGUACACUCACGAUGCUGCAUACGCACAGACUGCGCACUCGCCGCACCAAUAUGCCACUGCCGUCUACCCUUCUCCACCCUCACUUGGGAGAUCUUCGCAUCCAUCCGUGCAGUAUAGUCCUGUUUAUCCGCCUAUGCAUGCUUCCACCCCUGGUGGCUACUCAGAUCAUUACACAUCUUCCCAUCCGAGUCGUGCUUCGGCGUCUGCUUCCCACGAUUAUGGUCUCAAUACGCCUCCCUCGACAUAUGCGUAUCAUUCAACAUCCACUCCGCCAGGGCACUUCCACCCUACACCCCCGCUCGACCCGACAUCUCCGCAUUCUUCUAGCUCCACCCCCUCCAAUGCUACGCCCCCACAUCACUCGUCGAUACAGGAGUCUUUUGCCGAGUUCAGCUCGCUUCGUAGGCCUCAUGGCGCUCCUCCACCUGUGCAAAUGGCUGCACCAGAGUAUCAUCACAAAGCUAUGCGGAAUAUGAUCCCAUUGAAAACAGCUCCUGCUAAUGCGCCCGAACCGGUAGCACCUGCCCUCCCUACCACCACACACCGCGGAUCAAUCAAUGCAUUGCUGUCGCUGCCAUCAUCAUCUGUGCCUUCUUCCAGUAAAUUGUACCCCUUGCUACUUCCCGAAGAUUCUCAUUUGAAGUUACCGUCACUCAAGCCUGAUGCAGGUCCGUUCAGGCUCCCACCCAUUAAGGAUAUGUACCGCUCCCCCUCACCUCAGACUUCUGCAUCACGGUCUCCGGACACAUCUCGUGGGACGACCCCUAGCUCGACACGUUCGUCACCCGUGUCCACUCACACAAAUAUCCCCGGUCUGCGAUCAAUCACUGAGACAUCAGAAAGUGAUGAACUUGUCAGGAAAGUUGGCAAGAUCCAGCUAGAUCACCUGACGAAGGAAGUCACACCGGAAGACCGGCGGAAACAUGCAGAGCUUAUACGUAAUCUACUUGUGAAGAUUAACGAGGAUUAUCGAAAACGCUUCGGCAGUCCCCAGAUAGAGUCCUCGAGGGUUUUGCGAACCCGACUGCCUUCUGUAGAUGUGGAGAUGGCCGCUGCAUAG